CCGCGCGGCGGCGGCCCAACCGGAAGGGGAGGAGCCGGGCCUGGAGGAUCCCGGAGAAUCGUUGCUGUUCCGGCCGUCGGUGUCUGCGGGUCGCGGGGACCAGGGCCUGGCGGGCGGGGUGUGUCGCGAUGCCGGAGCUGGCGGUGCAGAAGGUGGUGGUCCACCCCCUGGUGCUGCUCAGUGUGGUGGAUCAUUUCAAUCGAAUAGGCAAGGUUGGAAACCAGAAGCGUGUUGUUGGUGUGCUUUUGGGGUCAUGGCAAAAGAAAGUUCUCGAUGUAUCCAACAGUUUUGCAGUCCCUUUUGAUGAAGAUGACAAAGAUGAUUCUGUCUGGUUUUUAGACCACGAUUAUUUGGAAAACAUGUAUGGAAUGUUUAAGAAGGUCAAUGCCAGAGAAAGAAUAGUUGGGUGGUACCACACAGGCCCUAAACUACACAAGAAUGACAUCGCCAUCAAUGAACUCAUGAAAAGAUACUGCCCUAACUCAGUAUUGGUCAUCAUUGACGUGAAACCAAAGGACUUGGGACUGCCCACAGAAGCAUAUAUUUCGGUGGAAGAAGUUCAUGAUGAUGGAACUCCAACCUCAAAAACAUUUGAGCACGUGACCAGUGAAAUUGGAGCAGAGGAAGCUGAGGAAGUCGGAGUUGAACACUUGUUACGAGACAUCAAAGACACUACAGUGGGCACUCUUUCCCAGCGGAUCACAAACCAGGUCCAUGGUUUGAAGGGACUGAAUUCCAAGCUUCUGGAUAUCAGGAGCUACCUGGAGAAAGUGGCCACAGGCAAGCUGCCCAUCAACCAUCAGAUCAUCUACCAGCUGCAGGACGUCUUCAACCUGCUGCCAGAUGUCAGCCUGCAGGAGUUUGUCAAGGCCUUUUACCUGAAGACCAAUGACCAGAUGGUGGUGGUGUAUUUGGCCUCGCUGAUCCGUUCCGUGGUCGCCUUGCACAACCUCAUCAACAACAAGAUCGCCAACCGGGACGCAGAGAAGAAAGAAGGGCAGGAAAAAGAAGACAGCAAAAAGGAUAGAAAAGAUGACAAAGAGAAAGAUAAGGAAAAGAGUGAUGUAAAGAAAGAAGAGAAAAAGGAGAAAAAAUAAAACAUGUAGCUUUUUAAUUUGUAAAUUAAAAUCUUAUAAACUAACUCAUUGUGCCGCCAGAGGGUUCUUUUCACUUUAAGUGCAAAAGCUGUAUUGAUGAGAGCUCUCUGGAUAGAGGGACUAAUCUUGUACCUGAACUGCAGCUUAGGCUGCUCUGAGUUGGGAAUGUGAUAGCUCAGGCUUCAGACUGUGUGAGAAAAGUGAAGAGACAUAAAUGUAACAUUUUUAGUACUCUUCCUGCUUUUAUCUAUAAGACCAGGAGUUGAAUUUUCCCCAUCUCAAGAGACUCUUGGGAUCUGUUUCUGGCAGUCUGCAAAAUUGCAAAAUGGAAUGCACGAAUUCCAUAAGUACUCUGCCUCAGAACACCUUGAGGUCUGACCCUCUGGACUCUGUUGAGAGUACCACCCCACAGGACUUCUUGGACCCAUAGCUCUGGCAUUCUCGGGGCUUGGGAUCCAUCUCAAGAUAUUGUUUACCUUCGAAGACACAAUUAAAUGGCUUGGUUUUUAA